AUGACCUUACGCAGUCCAACGCUGGAACUUACUAUAGCUACUAUAGUAGAUGCCUUCGGACAAGCUAAGUCAAACAACACGACCACAUUGCUGAAUCGAGAUCUGCUUCUCUCAAUCUCAGCGCCUACUGCCCUGCUUGGCCACAACGGCAGUCCACCCAGCCGGUCGCUCUCCAUGCAGGCCAGCGCCGCAGCAGCGGCGGCUGCGGCCGCCGUAGCAGUCGUUGAUCCGCGCUACACGCCAAUGCUUUCGCGUCUUCUCGACUAUCCCGAGAUGCUGCCGUUCGCGGCUGGUCUGCAUCAUCAGCUCGCCUCGCCUGGACCCGUAACUGCCGAGGUGGCUGACGGUGGUCUACGACCCGAGGCCAGCUCUGCUGUCGUCACUCCUUCGAGCUCCAGACGAGUGUCGUCUGGCCGACGUUUCGGCCAACCGGGGCCUGGAAAACGCGAUCGGGCCGUUGACAAACGUCGAGAUCCACCACACGAGGCGACUGCGCCUGUGUCUGGUGUCAUGGCGCCCGGACAGUCGCAUGAGGGUACGGUCGAGUCGGAGCGAGACAGAGCUGGCGAAAAGCGUAAGGCUGUACAGAGCUCUUCUGCCUCGCCGGCAUCCAGAGCUCACGGAGAUCGAGCCAGACGCCUGGGAAGUCGUUCAGUAGCCGCCGUUGUUGUUCCCGCUAUCACAGGCCGUACCGCGAGGACAAGGCCCCACGAGGUUGCCAGGCCCAGUUCACUCGACGCUCUGGUUCGACCCUCGUCCCAGCAGCCGCAGAAGCAGCAAUCACAUCAGCCACCCCUGCAACAGCAACAGCAACAGCAAAAGGAGCAAAAGUCUUUGUUUUCCAAAGGUCGUGACAACUUGAGGCCUCAGGUGGGCUGA